CUGUCUUGCUGCUGUACUUGCCCAGGCAGUGUCCUGGAGGGAACAGGAGAGGAAGGACAUCCUGCUGGGAGCCGUCAAGGCACCUGGGUAGGGGCUCCAGGACUGUUGGUGACACCACUCUGCUGCCCCACACAGGCUCUAGGAUGCCGGGGACAGCUGGGCUUGGGCUGCCCACCUGAUCCUCGGUGCCCGUGUCCCACUGGCACACCAUGCUGCGCUCCUGGCGCGUGAAGCUGAAGCUGCUGCUCGCCACGGUGACCCUGGCUAUCCUCCUUUCCUGGCUCUACCUCUUCGUGGGCAGCCUCGAAUAUGGCCGCUUCCUGCUGCUGCCGCCCUGCCUGGGCGAGCAGGCGAGCCGGGACGUGGAGCGGGAGGCGCUGGCCUCGCGGGUGCGCAGGGUGGAGGAGGAGAACCUGCAGCUCCGCCGCCAGCUGGGCCGGGCGCAGGUGGAGGGUGGCGACGGCAGCCUGCGGUGGGGCAGCUCCGCCCGGCCCGACCCCGCCGGCAGCCAGAGGAGGAACCGCACGGCCUGCCUUAAGCAGCGCCUGGUGCACAAGUGCGAGCUCCUGCACGUUGCCAUUGUGUGUGCCGGGCACAACGCGAGCCGGGAUGUGGUCACGCUGGUGAAAUCCAUCCUCUUCCACAGGAAAAAUCCCCUCCACUUUCAUUUCAUCACGGACUCAGUGGCUCACCAGAUCCUCCAGACCCUCUUCGAGUCCUGGAUGGUGCCUUCUGUCCACAUCAGCUUCUAUAACGCCGAUGACUUGAAGCCAGAGGUGUCCUGGAUUCCCAACAAGCACUACUCUGGCAUCUAUGGGUUGAUGAAGCUGACACUGACCAAGGCACUGCCCUCCAACCUCUCCAAGGUCAUCGUUUUGGAUACUGACAUCACCUUUGCCACUGACAUUGCUGAGCUGUGGGCUGUCUUUGGGAAGUUUUCCGACAAGCAGGUGAUUGGGCUGGUGGAGAACCAAAGCGACUGGUAUUUGGGCAACCUGUGGAAGAACCACAAACCGUGGCCGGCCCUGGGCCGUGGCUUCAACACUGGGGUGAUCCUGCUCCUGCUGGACCGCCUGCGUCGCCUGGGCUGGGAGCAGAUGUGGCGGCUGACGGCGGAGCGGGAGCUCAUGAGCAUGCUGUCCACCUCACUGGCUGACCAGGACAUCUUUAAUGCAGUGAUCAAGCAGGACCCAGCCCUGGUGUACCGGCUCCCCUGCUUCUGGAACGUGCAGCUGUCCGAUCACACCCGCUCAGAGCAGUGCUACACCGAGGUCUCGGAUCUCAAGGUGAUCCACUGGAACUCGCCCAAGAAGCUGAGGGUGAAGAACAAGCACGUGGAGUUCUUCCGCAACCUCUACCUGACCUUCCUGGAGUACGAUGGGAACCUGCUGCGCAGGGAGCUCUUUGGCUGUGCCAGCCUCCCCAGCCCACCCAGCAACCAGCUGCAGCAGGCGCUGGAGGAGCUGGACGAGGACGAUCCCUGCUACGAUUUCCGCCGGCAGCACCUCACGCAGCACCGCAUCCACCUGUUCUUCCUGCAGUACGAGUUCCUGGCCCUUCCCGGCCCCAGUGAUGUCACCCUGGUGGCCCAGCUUUCCAUGGACAGGCUGCAGAUGUUGGAGGCCAUCUGCAAGCACUGGGCGGGCCCCAUCAGCCUGGCGCUGUACAUGUCGGACGCGGAGGCUCAGCAGUUCCUGCGCUACGCCCAGGCGUCGGAGGUGCUGAGCGCUCGCCGCAACGUGGCCUACCACAUCGUCUACAAGGAGGGGCAGUUCUACCCCAUCAACCUCCUGCGCAACGUGGCCCUGGCCAACACCCAGACGCCCUACGUCUUUCUGACGGACAUCGACUUCCUGCCUAUGUAUGGCCUCUAUGAUUACCUCAGGACCUCCAUCCAGCAGCUCGAGCUGCCCCAGAGGAAGGCAGCUCUCAUCGUGCCAGCGUUUGAGACCCUGCACUACCGCUUGACCUUCCCUAAAUCCAAAGCAGAGCUGCUCUCCAUGCUGGACAUGGGCUCCCUCUACACCUUCAGGUACCACGUGUGGCCAAAAGGCCAUGCCCCAACCGACUACGCCAAGUGGCGGACGGCCACCGUGCCAUACCGCGUGGCCUGGCAGCCAGACUUCGAGCCUUACGUUGUAGUGAGGCGAGACUGCCCCAAGUACGACCAGAGGUUUGUGGGCUUCGGCUGGAACAAGGUGUCCCACAUCAUGGAGCUGGAUGCGCAGGAGUACGAGCUGCUGGUGCUGCCCAACGCCUUCAUGAUCCACAUGCCCCACGCCCCCAGCUUCGACAUCUCCAAGUUCCGCCUGAGUGCAGGGUACCGCGGCUGCCUGCAGACCCUGCGCGAGGAGUUCCACCAGGACCUGUCGCGGCGCUACGGCGCUGCCGCCCUCAAAUACCUCACCGCCGACAGGAGCCUGUGACGCCUGGGGACAGAGGCUGUGGGGUGCUAGCGGGACGGUGGAGAAGGGAGGGCACGGGGCCUCCCUCCUGCCCCGGCUCCCUGCUGCAGCCUGGCCCAAGGGAACGCAGCUGGCGGCAGAGUCUCUCCGGCACAGCAAAGGGACGGAUGCCUCUACGUAAGGUGGAAGAUGCCAGCUGCAAGAAUGGCAGUGCCUGCAGGUCAAGCUGCUGCGCUGUGGCCAAGGGGUUUUUUUGAGCAGUAGCAGCAUUUCUGUGUUACAGGGGAGCCUCCCUGUGCCAGGGGCCAGGGGAAUGGGUCUCCUCCCUCCCCUGUUUUAGCAGCUGUAGAUUCUUUGCCUUCAUUAUCUCACCUCACUGAGAGCCUGGCAGCUGUACCUUACCCUGCUGUGCCUCUGCUCUGUGGUCUCAGGUCCCAGUCCUGCACACACCUCUCCAGAGCUUUGGUGAGUGAGAGACGAGGAUGCAGAGCAUCCUUUUGCAUCUUUUGGGGAGCAGACUCAGAGAAAGUCUCCCAGCACCCUGGGAGGAGGGGCUGGGGAGUUCCAGGAGUUGAGGAGAACAUGGUUGAAGGCUGGGUCAAGGCUGGCUAGGUGACAGGGAAAAAUAUUGCUAAGCCCCAUCCAUAUGGAUGCAAAGUCUCGAGUGGGGUUGGCCUAGUACUAGUGUGGGUGUCACCCAGAGCAGGAUGAGCUUCCAGAGUAGGAUAGGCUGUUUGAUGUCCCCAGCAGUGGGCUCCCAGGACAGGCCUGCACCUCUCAGCUGGAAGCUCAGGUGCCAGGUCCUGUCCCGGGGCUGGCAGUGCCCUGCAGGGAUGGCCACAACAGCAGCUUCAUGGGCCAGCAGCUGCUUCGAGAAAUCCCCAGCAGGGACCACCCUGCUCCUCCCCAGCUCUUCGGCGGCACAGAUGUUGCCGCCGACAAUCAGGGAUGUGGCUGAGGCUGGACAAGGCUGCAGCAGAGCACUGUGGCAGGAUCCCCGUGCCGGGAGCAGCUUGGCCAGGCACUGUCCCACUGCUGUCACACACUGGAGCACAGAGGAUGCUUUGCUUUCCUCAUGCUGUUUAAAUUAUUGAAUACUUUUCUCCUGAGGGUUGCCUGA